UUGUGACUUUUAAACGCUCGUUCUUUUUUUUUUUUUGAGCUCUCUGUUUUUUUCAAUGACUCCUCCGCUGCUGCUGCUGCUGCUACCGGGCUUUAUCCGUCUCCGCGUCGCGUCUGCACGAGUUUUUGCCCCGAAAGCAACUGCAUGUCUAUAUAGUGCUGCGAUACGAAAAGUAACAUUUCUCUCCUGGGGUUUUUUUUUUCCACGCAAAGUGUUCACAGCGUUGUGAGUUCUGCAUUUCCUAACGUUUAAAAACGAGGUUCAGUCUGGUGCGCUGGGUGGAAGUGACAAAGUGUGCCAAAUGGUCACUUUCUUCAGACGCAAAACAGCGCGUUUGUUUUUGCCUCCACAGCUGAGCAAUGUGUUGUUUUCUAAGGUUGUUCACGUUCACAGAAAGCUGCAGUAGUCCCAACAUUUGUAUAGAAGUCGCAUGGAAAUGGGCCCCUAAAUAGACUGUUGAUGGCAGCGAAAAGGAAAUACAUGGACACAGAAUUGCCCCCUCAGGAAUCUGAAGACCUCUUCCAGGAUUUAAGCCAACUCCAGGAGACAUGGCUCACAGAAGACCCAUGGACACUGGCUGAGCAGCAUAAACAUGAAGACAACAAAACUCAGGUUCCGGACAGUGAUGAACAAUUUGUUCCCGAUUUCCACUCUGAGAACUCGGUGGCAUUUCACAGCCCGCCAGUCACCAUCAAGAAGGAGCCGCAGAGCCCGGGAUCCGACCCCAGCCAGUCCUGUAGCCACAAGCAGAGCUUCAGCUACCCCAGCGGAGAGCAGUGCCUUUAUGCCAGUGCCUAUGAGCAGAAAAGGGCUGCAGGAGGAGCCAAGAGCUCCUGCCCGGGGACCCCCAUGUCUCCCAUGCAGCAGCAUUACUCCCCGAAACCCGCCACGGCCGGACGGCCCGACGCCGGCUACAUGAACCCCGCCGCCACCUCCCAGCCACUGCCUAGCAACAGUUACCCCGUCAACCCCAGUUCCAGGUAUCAGGGCGCCUCAGGAGACCCCAUUUGCCCCCAGUUCCCUCCACCAGGGCAGGCCUUUCAGCGCAUGCCAUCUGCCCCUGCUGGACAUGGAGGCAGUGGGGCAGGUGGAGGUGGAGGACCAGGAGGAGGAGGAGGUGGAGGAGGGGGAGGUGGUGGAGGUUAUCACCGGCAGCACUCGGACCCCUGCAUGCCGUACCUGCAGCAGAGCUUUAAGCAGGAGUACAUGGACCCGCUGUACGAGCGGGCGGCUCACAUGGCGGGACCGGGACACCGGAGCGGACCGGGACACGGACAAGGACCUCACCCCCAUCCCCACCAACACCAACACCCUCACCCCCAUCCACAUCCGCACUCACACCCGCUCCCACACAGGUUCCCACCGGCCCACAUGAUGGUGAAGCAGGAGCCGACAGACUACACCUAUGAACCCGAUGUGCCUGGAUGUCCCUCCAUGUACCACCACAGCGAGGGCUACCCAAACCCCCAGCACAGCAAUGAAGGCUAUCUGUUCGAAAACGACUCCCGUGUGGUUCCAGAGAAGUUCGAAGGGGAGGUAAAACAGGAGGGCGGCGGCGUUUUUCGCGAGGGCACACCGUACCAGCGCCGAGGCUCUCUGCAGCUCUGGCAGUUCCUGGUGGCCCUGCUGGACGACCCGGGCAACGCUCACUUCAUCGCCUGGACCGGCCGCGGCAUGGAGUUCAAACUCAUCGAACCCGAGGAGGUCGCCCGGCUGUGGGGGAUGCAGAAGAACCGUCCGGCCAUGAACUACGACAAACUCAGUCGCUCUCUGCGCUAUUACUACGAGAAGGGAAUCAUGCAGAAGGUGGCGGGCGAGCGCUAUGUUUACAAGUUUGUGUGCGAGCCCGAGGCCCUCAUCUCUCUGGCCUUCCCCGACAAUCAGCGGCCCAGCCUGAAGGCCGAGUUCGAGCGCUACGUCAACGAGGAGGACACGGUGCCCCUGUCCCACCUGGACGAGGGAGUCCCCUACACCACAGAACAAGCCCCCCAAAACAUGGGCCCCCAGCCCUACUCCAAAGGCUACAUGUACUAAAAAGCCAGCCCCCUGCCACCCAUCCUCCCUCUUUUCUCCCCACCUUCAGAGAUCUUCCUGUUGUACCGACCCAUCAUCAUACACACCUUGAAACCCCCCUCCCCCACCCCCCCUCCUGCACCUCUUGCACAUGCCCACCCCCUCCACUUGUAUAUAAGGCUAUGGUGUUUUUGUUUUAAAUUAAUCUCAUUAGGGAUUCUUUUUUGUUUUUGUUUUUAAGAGUUGCAUUCCUCUCACAUCUGAGGCCUGUUCAAUCCAAGACAUGACGAUUGUGGUUGAAGAGAUUGCUUAAUAAAUACCCAUAAUAAUACGCAAA